AUGGAGACGUACUACGGGCACGUCCGCACCCCCGCGGACGCAAUUAUUCUCUUCGAGGCCUGUCGCGUUGGGAUUCUUCCGCGAGUGCAGCGACGACUUUCAGAAAAGGAGCGACAGUCGAUUCGAUCCGGCUCCGUCUUUGUUUGGGAUGAGCGGGAAGCGGGCAUGCGACGAUGGACUGACGGCAAAUCAUGGAGCGCCAGUCGAGUAUCCGGUAGCUUUCUGACUUAUCGCGAGAUGGAGGGCAAGCGCGGAGGUGGUAGCGUUUCCCAGAGCUCGGUAUCCAGAGGAGGCAAGACGCCAGAGAGCCGGGGCAGCGAUGACGACCGCGGAGAUGGAACCGACGAAGGCCCAGAUGGUUAUCGAUAUAAACCGGACGGUUUAAUGAAGCAGUCAUUCAGUAUCACCACUUCAACUGGCCAGCAUCUUCAUCUGAUCAGCUACUACUCGCGAUCGCAUCCCGCGGCGGCAAACCUGCAACAACCCACCACCGACCCCGCUUUGCAACAAGUACGACCGCAGAAGGGUCUGUACCCAGAGUCCACCGUCAAUGACCAGCAGAACCUCCCAGUCGUUACUCGGGGUCCGAUGGCGGGCGCAGCUUAUCCGAUCACGCCUCACCCCAUGGGCGCCUAUGCGCCGCGCACCACACAUGCGCCUUCGUAUCAAGCGCAAUAUGCUUGGCCGCCCACACCGUUGGCUACCCCGCCGACAGUCGCGCUGCCGUAUGGCGCUGCUUAUCUCCCUUCGGUGUCUGCAGCUAACGGUCCUCCUCCGCCCUAUGGCCAGCCGCAACAUCAAACCCCUCCCCGCCAACCCCCCAACGUUCACCCCCUGCCGCCCCCACCCCAAGGAUUGCCCGGUCCUUACGAUCGUCCUCAUCACCCGGAAUCAGCCCUGCCGCCUGCCGGUCCUUCCGCAGCAGUGCCACCUGGAUAUCCGGGUCGCUCACCCCGGUCGAUGCACGAGUCCCUACACGAGCAGCGCAGUCCUCGCGCCUACGGACCACCCGCAGCAGACCCUCGCCUUGCCUCACCCCGAGUACCAGCAUCAGCCAUGCCGCAAGCCAACGGCAUUGCUCACAGCCCGCACAUGCUGAAGCGAUCACCUCAAAUUCUCGCCGGUCCUGCGCAGCAGCUCGGUUCCAUGGGCACCCCGCCCAAGCCCGUCGAAUCUGCAGGCGUCCCUGGCAUCGGCUCAUUAAUGAGCGGCACAUCCUUGGCUCCGAUCUCAGGUCCAGACGGUCCUGCAGCUGGUCCUGGAAGUCCCAGCAGCCGCCACCCGUCCAUCACCGGAGCCGACGGACCCCGUGAUAUCCCCAAUGAGAAGAUGAGCUUCGCAGGCGAGGACAUGCGCGCACUGCGCCAACUGGACCGGGUGUUCACGGCGUAA